AUGGGUUACGUAAAACUUGUUUUGUUAAUGCUAUUUUCCUUACUCUGUCAACUUGCUUUCUGCUCAUCCUUAUCUCAUUUGUGCCCCAAAGAUCAAGCUCUUGCUCUUCUACAAUUCAAGCACAUGUUUACUAUAGAUUCUUAUUCGAAAUUACUAUCAUGGAACAAGAGCAUAGAUUGCUGCUCAUGGGAUGGAGUUCAUUGUGACGAGAUGACGGGACAAGUGACUGAGCUUAACCUCGCUGACAGCCAACUUCAAGGCAAGUUUCACUCCAACAGUAGCCUCUUUCAACUCUCUAAUCUCAAAAGGCUUGAUUUGUCUUUUAAUAAUUUCAGUGGAUCGUACAUUUCACCUAAAUUUGGUGAGCUUUCUAGUUUGACGCAUCUUGAUUUGUCGUAUUCAAGUUUUAUAGGUAUAAUCCGACCAGAAAUAUCUCGUCUUUCUAAAUUACAAGUUCUUAGUAUUGAGGGUGAUCCAUAUGAGCUUAGAUUCAAACCUCACAAUUUUGAACUGCUCCUUAAGAACUUGACCCAAUUAAGAGAGCUCCACCUUAGCUCUGUGAACAUCUCUUCCACCAUUCCUCUGAAUUUCUCUUCUUAUUUAACAAAUCUAGAACUUUCAGACACACAGAUAUACGGCAUAUUGUCCGAAGGUGUUUUCCACCUUUCCAACUUGGAAUCUCUUGAUUUAUCGGACAAUCCCCAGCUCACUGUUAGGUUUCCCACAACCAAAUGGAAUAGCAGUGCAUCACUUAUGAAGUUAUAUCUCAGUGGUGUGAAUGCUACUGGUAGGAUACCUGAAUCAUUUGGUCAUCUAACUUCACUGCGUACAUUGAGAAUAGCUUCUUCUAAUCUCUCAGGCUCUAUUCCUAAACCUCUAUGGAAUCUCACCAACAUAGAGGAGUUGGACCUUAAUGAUAACCAUCUUGAAGGACCAAUUUCUGAUUUCUUUAGAUUUGGAAAACUCAGGUCGUUAUCACUUGGAAAUAACAGCUUUGAUGGCCAACUUGAGUUUUUAUCCUUUAGCAGAUGGACACAACUUGAAUCAUUAGUUUUUUCAUUCAAUUUCCUAACAGGUCCCAUUCCUUCUAAUGUAAGUGGUAUGCAAAACCUUCAAGUUCUCUUCUUGUCAUCAAACCACUUGAAUGGGACUGUACCUUCCUGGAUAUUCUCCCUCCCUUCACUUGACUGGUUAGACUUGAGUGAUAACCAUUUCAGUGGAAACAUUCAGGAGUUCAAGUCCAAAACAUUGUUUUCCGUUAUUCUAAAACAAAAUCAGCUUCAAGGUCCUAUUCCAAAGUCACUCCUAAACCAGCGUGAUCUAUAUUCUCUUGUCCUUUCGCACAAUAAUCUCAGUGGACAGAUCACUUCAACCAUCUGCAAUCUGAAAACACUACAAGUGCUAAAUUUGGGGAGCAAUAAUUUGGAGGGAACAAUCCCACUAUGUUUGGGUGAGAUGAGUGAACUUCAGGCUUUGGAUUUAAGCAACAAUAGUCUUAGCGGGACAAUUAAUACUACUUUUAGUAUAGGAAACCAACUUGCAGUCAUUAAAUUUGAUGGGAAUAAGUUAGAGGGGAAAGUCCCACAAUCUUUGAUCAAUUGCAAAGAUUUGGAAGUUCUUGAUUUAGGUAACAAUGAGUUGAAUGACACAUUUCCUAAAUGGUUGGGAAACCUACCUGAUUUGCAGAUUUUGAUUUUGAGAUCAAAUAAGUUCUAUGGCCCUAUAAAAGAUUCAAGGACUGACAACUUGUUUGCUCAAAUUCGAGUCAUAGAUCUCUCUUCCAAUGAAUUUAGUGGAGAUAUACCAGUGAGCCUUUUUGAGAAUUUUGAAGCCAUGAAAAUAAUUGGUGAGAACAGUAGAACCCGAGAAUAUGUAGCAGGAGAAUUUUCUGCUUAUUACACAAAUUCCUUGAUAGUGACAACAAAGGGACUAGAUCAGGAACUUCCUCGAGUUUUGAUUACAGACAUGAUUAUCGAUCUCUCAAGGAAUAGAUUUGAAGGUCAUAUCCCAAGCAUUAUUGGAGAUCUCAUUGGGCUUCGCACGUUGAACUUAUCGCAUAAUCACUUGGAAGGUAUUAUACCAGCAUCACUGCACCAGUUAUCUGUACUUGAAUCAUUGGAUCUCUCAUCCAACAAAAUCAGCGGAGAAAUUCCACAACAACUUGCAUCCCUCAAAUCACUUGAAGUCUUAAAUCUCUCUCACAAUCAUCUUGUUGGAUGCAUCCCUAAAGGAAAUCAAUUUAAUACGUUUGUGAAUAGUUCAUACCAAGGGAAUGAUGGGUUACGUGGAUCGCCACUCUCAAAAGAUUGUGGCAGUGAUGAAGGGGUACCACAAGCAACAACUCCAUUUGGGCUAGAUGAAGAAGAAGAAGAAGAAGGAGGAGGAGGAGGAGAUUCAGCAAUUAUAAGUUGGCAGGCAGUUCUCAUGGGUUAUGGUUGUGGACUUGUUAUUGGACUAUCCAUAAUAUACAUAAUGUUGUCAACUCAAUAUCCAGCAUGGUUUUCGAGGAUGGAUGUAGAAUUGGAACACAAAAUUCUUACGAAAAUGAAAAAGCACAACAAAAGAUAUUAG